CCAACCAUCGCAUCAACUUCUUCAUGUGAUUUGGUAAUGAGUCUUCAUAGUCUAGCAGUCAAGUCCCUUUCGCCAUCUCUUAAGUUUAAACCAAGGUAAACGUCCAGAGGUCGCUUAGAAAAGAUUAAAACGUCAAGAUGGAAGUAAAAAUGGCUCCAACGAAGAUGUGGACGAACUAUUCUCUUCACAACGCGAGGAAAUGGCUUGGGCGGUGGACCCGAUGGAACCCUGUAACGCGCGAGGUUAACGAGUCUUUUAAAAGUAUACGGCAUAUUGAGUUGGUCGAAGACAUGACCAAGAUGAAGCACCAGAACACCUUCAUAUAUGACGAUGAUAGAGAACCGCUAACUGAAGGACCUAUGAAUGGACCUUGGGAGUACCAAAGAGAUCGAGACUGCGACGAAGAAGGUCUCUGUCAUCCAUCCACGAGGCUCAACUCUAAGAAAGCUCGUGCGUUCUUUCUUGAAAAUGGCGGCGGAGCAUGGACGGUGAUGGAGCCCACCUUGGGAGAUGUGUUCUUCCAAGAGAAUUUUUUCCCUAAUAAUGACAUUCGUUUUAGUACAGGGAUGCUCUACGGCAAGGAUGGGAAGGCUCUGCGUUUGACAGCGAUCAGAGAAGAUAGUAGAUGUCGGCCAAGCUUGUACUGGUCAGAAGAUAACCAGAUAAAGGAUUCGUUCUCUGCUCCCGUGCAAGGAACUUUCAUUGGCACGGAGCAAAUUCUCACUGCAAAUUUGAGGCAAACGGUGAGGGAAGGUUGCGAGUGGGAUAAGGAGUAUUGGCUCCAAGAAACACGCCUUCUACAGGAUGGAAAUACGUUGUUUUAUCUGCCCGACAAUGUCGCAUUAUCAUGUCCACUUCAGCUUUACGAAGAUUCUACAAAUCGACAGUUUCACAUUUCGACCUUUUGUCUGUAUGACGUCAAUAAAGACAACCCUGAGAUUCGAGUUCAAACUGUAUUCUACGAGAAAGGAAGGUUCUCUUGCUUCAAGCAGGGGAUUUAUCGUAAGGCAUCUCAGUGACACUCCAUAUGGACUUCACUCAUGUAAACAAGUAACAAACUACUGUACCUCCCCUCCCAUCUCGUUUUUUGUUUUGGGAUGUGUGUAGGCCACAGGUAGCCCAAUAUUUUAUUUAGUACACACAAACUUUUUUAGAAUAGAAUGAUUUACACUGAUUCGAAAUAUGGCGACCAAUUUGAAUAACUAUUGUUCUACGCUGACUAGUGACUGACUAGCCUCGUGUUCACGUGGAAACAUAAAAGCGUUUUCACAUGUAUGAGAGGCUAGUCAGUGCAGAGCAAUAGUUAUUCAAAUUGGUCGCCAUAUUUCGAUUGGGUGUAUAUUAAAACAAAUUAAUGCACCUUAUGCCCCUUCCAUCUUGUUUUCUGUGUGAACCACAGGUAGCCCGAACUAUGAUUUAGUAUUCACAGAGACACGCAACCUUAGAAUAAGAACUACAAACUCAUACUCUACUUAUUUUCCCAUCUUGUUUUCUAUAUAAGCCACAGGUAACCCAAGCUAUGAUUUAGUACACGGGAAAACCUGUAAUGUAUCAUCGAAAAAUCUAUUGAAUUUUAUUGUCGUUCUAUCUAUUGUAUUGGACGUGAUUCAUUGUAAUUUUUAAUAUGAAACAUUUCAUCAACUGCUUGCUAUAUAGGCAUAUAUAUCCAGCUAAGCGGUAAAUUUUGUUUCAGCCAAUCAGAGUAGGUUUAGCUUUUUUGCCGCUGGCCCUCAUUCCCAGGCUACUGUAAUCCAACUUUUGCGUAUUUUUCUGUUUUCUUUUGACUUAAUCAUAAUAGACGUGAAUAAAAGAAGCAGAAAGGAAAAGUAGGAAUAAAAACUAUUUCACUUUA